CCAUAGGAUCUGGAAGGGGAGUGGCUCACGCAAUUUCCAAAGGGUUAACAGAACUGCAGUUAUUGGGAUACUCCUAUCCGUGUGGCGUAUUUUCUGGUUUGAAGCUGUAGGGUCAAAACCGAACACAAAAGUGAGAAACAAGACUGAGGAACACGGAUGGCAUGCAGGGAUGAGGGGAGACUCCUACUUCUUUGGCAUGAGAGGCCUCGGCCACUACGGCUGCAUCCCGGAGGAUGGAGGUCACUUCCUGCUCUACUCUAUCAACGGCGACAAUGACUUAAAGAGGUGUUUUACAGAAGAAGAUUUCCAUGAAAUACUUGACUUCAACGAUCUCCCGAAUUCUCUCUUUGCUUGUAAUGUUCACCAGUCUGUGUUUGAAAGCGAGGACAGUAAGGAGAAAUUUGAAGGCUUGUUCCGUGCCUACGAUGACUGUGUGACAUUCCAGCUGUUUAAGAGCUUCAGACGCGUGCGGAUAAAUUUCAGUAGUCCCAAAUCAGCCGCUCGUGCCAGGAUAGAGCUGCAUGAAACACAGUUCAGAGGGAAGAAGUUAAAGUUGUAUUUCGCACAGAUUCAGACCUCUGAGACAGAUGGAGACAAGCUUCAUUUGGCUCCGCCACAGCCUGCAAAACAGUUUCUCAUCUCGCCUCCAGCCUCCCCACCUGUAGGGUGGCAGCCAAUCGAUGAUGCAACGCCUGUCAUCAACUACGACCUCCUUUAUGCAGUUUCUAAGCUAGGACCAGGAGAGAAAUACGAGCUGCACGCAGGAACAGAAUCCACUCCCAGCGUGGUAGUGCACGUCUGCGACAGCGACAUGGAAGAAGACGAGGACCCAAAGAAUUCUCCAAAGCCAAAAAUCAUUCAAACUCGGCGCCCUGGUCUGCCACCUCCUGUAUCUAACUGAGCCUCUCCAGCAGAAGCAGCACUUCUCUCCUCCAGCACAGCUCUUGUGGUUUUCUGUUUGCUUUAUUAUUAUUAUUUUUAUUUUUAUUUUUGAAAGGCAGCCAUCGCCUUUUGAGUACCAGGACAUUAAGCUCAUGGAAAUCCCUUCUCAGUAAUCAAGCCUAUGUAACAAAAGGGCUAGGAAAAAAAAAAAAGAUCUUUGUAAUAUGUAACCAUAUCACACACCAACUGAUAGGUUUGCUGGAAAGGACAAAACAAGGCUGAAGCAGGGAGGGGUUUGGUCUGAGGAUUUUCCACAGCUGUAAUUUGCAUGCUGGAACGCCACCACCAGAGAGAUCAGUCGCGGUGGGUGAUUGGGCUGGUAUCAGGCUUGAUAUUGAAACUCCCAGAAUACUUGCUGCUGCCCUUCAUCAAGGAGCCUGCUUCUCUGCCCUCAGUUCCCCAGCAGACCUCAGUUUGUUUGUUUUUUUUUCCCCUUUUCUCUCUCUUUUUUUUUUUAAGGGGAGAAGGCGUGAAUUGUUUUUAAUCCAGCAGUUUGGUGGCCUUUUGACCCUCUGUAUUUUUUUUUAAGGAAUAUUUUCCUUGCAACCUUUUUAGGAACAGAAAAACGCCCUCUUCCACCAACAGCUGUAGAGUGAACCGGUCCUUGAUGGUGGUAGGGAUGCGACACCAAGCUCUCUGGGCUGAGGGGAGAGGCAGCAGCUUGCUGAAGGGUUUGGGGUCUUUCAGUCUCUCUCUGUAAGAAGGAGGGAGACAGAAUAUCGGUGAGGAUUGUCAUUUUAUCUUCCAUAAAGGUCUGAGUGGUACUUCUCUCUGAGUUUGAGGAAGAAAGAGAACCUGUCUGCUCAUUUAAGAUGGGAUUCAUUGCUCUCUGUCAUAGCUGUAAGUUCCAGUAAUGAUUAAGGCUGAAUGCUUUCCUAGUGGUGUGUUGAAUAGCCCUGAAACGUAGUAAUUACUUGUACAUCCCUAACAAUCAGUCCCUUUCCCUCCCCGUUUCCUGUGCUUUAAAGCCCUUCUUGAGCUGUAUGCAGUUUGGGUUUGUGGAUGUGAGGAGAGGUUAGCUGGUGUUCUUUUGUUUUUCUUUUCCUUUCCUUAUUUUUUUCUUUUUUCUUUUUUUCUUUUUUUUCUUUUUUUUUUUUUUUUUUAGGCCAAAGAAAACAGGACCAUAAUUACACACUUGAAAUUAGACUGCAUGCAAUCGAGUCCCCUUUUUUCACUCUGUCCUGCAUGUUUCUUUCACUUGCAAUGUAUACUGGGUUACAGAAAUCGUUCUGUGUUUUCGUCAUGGCCGACAGCAGACAGACACUGGAUUCCCUGUCUGGUAGACCUUCCAUGAUGAUUUUUUUUUUCAUGUGUAUUUGUCAUUUUGAGAACAUAUUUUCUAGACAUUUGAGCUCAGAUUUUGCAUAUACUUAAGCAUGCGCUUAAUUUAUGCACAUGAGUAGUUCCACUGAAAUUAAUACUGCAGAAAAUUGAGCAUAUGUGUACGAUACAGUGGGAUUUUUAAGCUAAUUAGCUGCAGCUGUACUCCUGAAAAUGACUGUAAAAUGGCACAGUGAGAUUCCAAGGUUUAAACUCUUUUGCAAGUUAAAAUCAGCAUAUAAAUCUUGGAAGCUCACUCUAGGAUCGGAAAAGACAGCUUAGGCUCUGUAAUCAAGUUUUUUCUCAUAAAACCUAAUGACCAGGGUUGUGAGGGAGGGUUCCUUCCCCCCCUUAGUGAGGCUACAAGCUGCGGAAAGGUCAAGUCACCCUUGUCGUGGUAUUUGUUGGCUCUGCAGUACUUCCAAGAAGAAAAGUGUGUUGCUUUAUCAGUGGAGACAGGAGAUGCCAUUCUCGAUCUGCAUGGGGAGGACAUUUUGAGAAGUAAGGACUUUCCAUUCUCCUAUAGUUUGUUCUCUGACCACCACAGCCCCCUGAAAUAUUCCUGUUGAAGUUAGUGCUUUACUUAGCGUGUAUCUAUAACGUGAUAACUGUUAAUACUUUAUGGACAUCGUCGUGUGUGUGUUACACUAAUAGAAGCACGUUAAAUACAGCAGAGGCUGAACCAAAAUGGGGCUUUAGGAUCUCCAUGAUAUCUGAGUAAAGUUGUCUUCAAGUAUCUCCUUAGAGGUGUCACUUGGAUUAUUUUUCAGUGAUGCACUUAGAGUUGAUUUAAAUAAAUCAUUUGUUACCCAUUGUCCUAGGACUCGAAUUUGAUGUUCCUAUCGAAGAUACCUUCACAGGCCACCUGCGGUAUUUCAGGAAGUAACACCACUGUCUGGUUUGAGAACAUACAGAACGCUGAACCAUUGGUUUUAGACUAAUAUCAACAGGGAGAGUAAGAUCUAAAUGCUUAAGAUUUUUUUGUUGCUAUGUGCUGUAUGACAGAAAUUCUUGGCCACAUCCUCAGCUGAUGUCAGUGACCAGAGACCUCCAGAGUUGAUGCUUUUGAUUUUUUACAUGUCAAAAUGUCAGGGCUGAAUCUAGUCCUUAUAUCCAUCUACUCAGACUUUGGAGAGAUUGGUUCUGAACUGUGGAAUUUGGCCUCCAGUGAUGUAAAAGUACACUGCAAAUAAAGCACUGGGUCUUAAAUGUUCUUUCCUCAAAGUGCAUUUACAGAGAGAUUUAAAAACAGGUCCGAUUCAAUGACUGCUCUUCAUAAACUACAUAGCACUACCCAGGAGGGAGCAGAGCAUAGCUUUAUUGAUUAAAGCACAGAAACAGAAAGGCAGUUACAAGCCUGAAAAUGCAGAAGCCUGUUGUAAUAAUGAUAAACAUUUAUAUCUCACCGUUAUAGUUAAAUAUGGUCAUCGUAGAUUAUUCCACAGUACCUGAAAAAAAAUUAUGGCCCUAUCCUAAAAGUAAUAGCAUUUGCGACUCUCCUAAGAGAACCUGGUAUUUUGCUAACAGCUGUUUCUUGUCUGGUAUGAAAGGCUUCCUUCAACAAAAUGCUGACCACCUGGGAAAAUAAACGUCCUAUUUAAUUCAGUAGUUCCCAGACACAGUCCCCGCUUCGGUGGGAAUCUUCUUCAGUGUAGCAUCCACCAGCUCAGCCCCUGUGACUUGCACUUUUCCUAGGGUGUCCACAGUGCUGAAGUACUCUCCUGUAGCAAUAUAAAUAGGAGUGAAAUCUGUGUUGUUACAUUGCCGUUUGUGCACGGUGACAUAGCUGACGUCCCUUUUCUUGCCCUUCCCGAGCCUGGGCAGCGAUGUGCUGGGGCCCUCUGCUGGGUGGCUGCUGCUGCUGGCUGGAAAUGAAAGCAGGAAUUACUAAUGACUUCCUCAGUGCAGCUAACAGCACGGAAAGGUUUAAAAUGCACAGAGAAAGGGUGGUUUGGAACCUGCUUUUUCAUUUUCAGAUCAGAAGGAUACGGAAUUUCUGUGGCCUUGAUUUUUGUACUGUAAGCUAAUACAACGCUCCCCUUCCCAGCCCAGCUGUACGACUCACCUACACUUUGUUUUCGUCAAGAAAACACAGCAAGAGCAUCCCUUCCUCAACCUUAGCAAGAAUACAGGCAUAUUUACUGUAAAAAUGUGCCCAAUAGAUAUAUUGCAGUCCAUUUCUUUAACAGUUAUUGGCUCUAUAUUGGCUUGGGGGAGGGGGGAGAGGUUGUUUUUAUUCUGUUCUUUUUCCCCCCACACUCAGCAGCAGCGAAAAAGCUUUCUGCAAAAAGACUGUUCUUUAUACAGAGUAAGUGACAACCGACCUGCGAGACCUGAUUGCAGUGGUACGUCUGAGCACUGUGACAAAUUACGUUAGCUUUUCCCUUACGAUGUACAUACCAUCAAAGUAUUCCAUUUAGUCAUGUUUUGUAGGAGUGUUAAAAAGCUAUUGGCUAAUUAACCACUUUUACACCUGUGUAAUUCAGAGCUUAGUUUCAAAAAUACAUGUGGCAACAGUAUUUUUGUGUUCUGUUUGUGCUGGCAUUUUGAAAAGCUGCACCUAAAAGAUGUAAACCACGUUAAACCGACUGCGGUGAUACAUGCCAGUGCUCUCUUAACUGGUAGAACUGAAAAUGCUGAAAUGUUUGACAGAGGUCAAACUCUGUUUCAGUUGAAAUUAAAAAAAAUGUGGACAAAAUAACCCAGUGAUUGUCAGGAUAUGCCAAUUCCAUUUUAAACUGCUGCAGUUUCACUGAGUGGUAUGAACUUGCGCUGGUUUGCUCUGGGUUUGGCUGGGUGUAUGCAAACAAAGACUAUAGCAUGGUCCCGGGUGAGAAAGCACAUCUCUGGCAGACAAAGGUGCUCUUUCUGUGCUAAAGAAUGAUAAAUACAGUGGGCAUCAGUUUUUGACUAAGGAACAUGGCAUCCAACUAAUGCCGAGGCUGCGGGAAAAGUUCUAUUGGCAUUAAUCAUUACAAAAAUUGGAAACGACUCUUUGUAGUGUCUUGUGUUAAUUUGUACUGGUUCUUCUAAAUUAUCGGAAUGCAGGAGAUGAGUCUGAUGAGUAACUGUCUCAUGAAGUCCUUCUAUUCGAUCUUAUGACAACCUCCACUUAGUUAUAUAAAAAUAAAGUUAAAUAAAAAAUCUGGGUGUCCAGCUGAAAAGACCCAGUUUCUUGAGGGAUCAUUAUUCAUGAUUCUGAAAAUUAGAUUUCUUUAAGACAUCUCGUUGGAAAUGUAAGCUCUAAGCUCACUGAUUCCUUUUGAAAAGACAGGCCUUAAUAUGUGUUUUGAUUAGAACAAGUGUUAAUAGCCAUCUCUUUAUGGAGUCCUUUAGAGAUAAAAGGCACUGUAGAAGGCCUGAUUAUUCUUCACGUUUGAGUGACAGAUGAGUUUUCCCCAACCACUGUAAGGUUCUGUAUCGGAUGGAGUUGAAAUCUUGCAUUGCCUCCGUGCUGAUUGUGGCUUCUCCAUCUUGCAUGGCACUGGACACGACACCUGGAAAUAAAUUUUGAGGCUUCAGCUGUAAGCAGUAGGGAGCUGUGUGGCCAAAAGGAUCUCAAACUGAGCUUCGAGGAAAUCAUGGCUAUAUGCGUAUGGCUUGGGUACGCACUUAAUUUGUACCCACAGAUAGGCAAUAUUUAUUUCUGCCGGGCAUUUGGGCAUGCAAGUGAUAAGGUGCAACCCAAUCCUGCAUGACACCGAACAAUGGGAGCUGGAGGUAUUUCUCCCAGCUGCAGCAGGCAUGGCUCAUGCCUUGACUGCUUGACAGCUGAAGCUCUGUAGACUUCAUUACUGAUAGUGUGGCUAUUGCUGUUCCUUGUACAACCAUUUAUUUUAUUUUAUUGUUGUUCUAAAGUUAGAGUCAAAGCAAGAGAAGGGGUGAGUUCAGAAUGUGUUGAAGGUCUGGAGUCCACACUACAGCUCUGUAAUGGGGUCUGUAGUUACCAGCUCACCUCCUUAUGAGCAGCCCAGCUUUUUCAAAUGGAUUCAGCAGCUCACAGGGGUCGAGUCCUUCAUUAUUUUACUGCCCAGCGAUGAAAUCUGUAGGUAUAGCUACAAAUAGGCUUACUGAAACAGCUUGCUUGAAGGGAAGGCAGUAUCUGUCAUGGAUCUGGGGGACUGGAGGCAGGUGUUGUGGAUGAGGGGAGACAAGAAAGCUAUUACAGAUACCCUGAUCAAAGUCAGAGUGCUUUUAGAUUGCCCCUCUUAGCAAGCUUUACUGGAUUUUCUUUUGCUCCUUCAAUGUGUACAUUUUAACACUGAAGCAUUUAGCCACUUUUUGCCUUUUAUCGUGUAUUAAUUAGUAUGAAUUUAAGACCUCUGCAAUUCCUCAAUUCCCCUCUGCCCAAGAAAUCACAUUUAGUUCUGUUGUACCACAAAGCAAAACCAGGUAUGGAUUGAAGUCCCAGACAGACCCUCACACUCAUCCUCAUGCAACUCUCUUGAAUAACUAAUUGUGUUAGAAAAAAGAUCCAAACCAAACCAAGAUGUGGCUUUUCUUGUUCUAGCACAUCUGGGAGGAAGUUCAGCAGUUUUCAUUAUUCUAGGCUCCUCUGAAAAGGAAAGACUUCUACAGUGAGCUGUGCUCUAUUUUUAAAUACAUUUAGACUGCUGCAUUCAGGGGUAAAAUUACAAGGGAGGAAAGUGUUGUAAAGGCUCUUUCCCACAUGCCUUUUGACAUGUCAGGUGUAUUUGGCUUGGAGGGGAGGGGAGCUUGCACUGUUGGAGGCAGAAUAGAGGCAGCAGUCCUCGUGCAAAGGCAAGAGCCCCGAACUGUCUUCACUGCAGAGAUGCUCAGAAAGCAUUUAAAAAACAACAACAAACAAUCAAAAAAAACACCUUAAUUCAUCUCUUCCCCCUUUUGUCAACUUGUUAGUUGCUACACAAAGCUUCUAGGGCUGCAGUAUGAGUCACCUGUGGAUCCUUUUAAUGCAGGAUUGGGCACUGGUGCAGUGGCUGCAAAUCCUAGAAUCUGGGACGUUUGUAGGUGAGAUUCUUGCUAGAGUAAGGAUGAAAAGUGCUGAGCAGCCUCAAAAUUAAUGGAAAAUGAAGGCAUUCAGGACCUUAGGACAGACUUCAGGAUUUAAAUCCAUCUAAUUGAGAGCUGUAUUAAGAAGGGCCCAUUGCUGUCCCUGAGCCAGGGGCUUCCUCACUCACCUCGGUAAGAGUAUCCACCAAGCAGGAUUAAAAUUCUCUAUUAUCACACACCAGAACAGCAGCCUUGUUUUAACAAAUCAUUGUAACUGAUCAUUAAUCUUGUACGAGAAAGUUGUGUCCACAUUAGUGUCAGAGAGAUGUGUUCUCUUCACUGUUCAGUUAAUGGAGGUGAAUGUUCUGAAUCCAUUUUGGAGCAGAGUUUUUGUUCAGAAACUUUUGAAAGGAACGUCAUCUGUAAUGACGGAUGGGUCCUUAAGUGUCGACUUGGCAACUUGUCCUACUGUGGGUAGCUGCAGAAAUAUUUCAUGUAUGUUGUUGUAGACCUAAAAACAUUAAUCAUGUUCUCAUUCAAGUGUCUGCAUUUCUGACACAGAUGUGACAUAUCUGUAUAUAUUAUAAAUCAAUACUAUUUUUAACCACAUAUUUUGUACAAAUAUUCACAUUAGCUCUGUACUUCAGUGAAAAUCUAUUAUGGUAUUAAACAUUUUGGUGGAAUUAGCA